UUACUCAAAAGACAGACUUAAGGAUUUCUCCUAAUUUGCCAUCUGGAGUGCUCUGUCCUCAUUAAAUAUCCAGAAUGUCCCCCCAUUCAGCCUCCCUGCUAUUUAUCCUUCUGCUUUCUGGGCCCAUUAGCCUAUUAGCGCUGAGUCCUGGGAGAGUAAGUCCAGGGCUGGAGGGACGAGUGAGGGCAGAGGGUAAGGUUCGAUCUGGAGUAAAGGACAAGAGACACAGGACAAGUAUUGUGGACAACAGUGAAACUGGAUUUGGAGAUACCCGUGUUUCUAAACCAGGAGUUUUUCCAAGAGAGGAUGGUGAAGUACUAAGAGAGCCUGGUAUUAGUAACUUCAAGUCUACACUUUCUGUCAGUGAAGAUGGACUAUGGGAAUCCAGCAGCUCCUCUCGCUGUGUCUCUAUCCCAUCGGGCAUGGCCCUGUGCCAUAACAUUGGCUACAACACCAUGAGGAUGCCCAACCUGCUGGGCCAUGAGACUCCAGCUGAGGCUGUACAACAGAGUGCCAGCUGGUUGCCACUACUUGCCAGAGAGUGUCACCCUGAUGCUCGCAUCUUCCUCUGCUCUCUCUUUGCUCCCAUCUGCCUUGACAGAUUUAUUUCACCCUGCAGGAGCCUGUGUGAAUCUGUACGGGACAGCUGUGCACCAAUCAUGAGUUGCUAUGGCUACCCCUGGCCCGAAAUUCUGAGGUGCGACCAGUAUCCUGCAGACCAUCUCAUGUGCAUCUCCUCCAUCACCAACACCACUGCUGACACAGCGGGGCGUAGAGUACCACAGGCAAGCUGUCAGGACUGUGAGCUGGAGGAGGCCUCCUCAUCAAAAGAUUUACUUGAGAUCUUUUGUAGGAGUGAUUUUGUUGUGAAACUACGUCUGACAAGGCUCAAAUACAGUCCAGUCAGUCUAUCUCAGUUCUCACUGGCUGGUAAACUGGACAUCCUGAAGCAGGGAGCCUUGUUAGGAAGGCAGUUGCACUCGCGCAUUGAGCUGUGGCUGGAGAGAGAUGCCACCUGUGUGAGGAACAUGACACGCCAACACCCACGAGGCGGCACCUUCCUCGUGACAGGCACAGUACAGGGGGAGCGCCUGGUGGUCAACAAGGCUUUUGCCUGGCAGAGACGAGACAAGAAUCUGAUGGCAGCUGCACGCAAGUGGAAACAACACCGAUGCAGAAACUAGGAUUUUGUUAAGCUAGAAAAGGUUGAAUAGCUGAUUUGAACUGAAACAAGCACAUAACAGCUAUGAUUAGGGGGAUAGUGUUUAGAAUUUAAUCAUUAGCCUGGAAAUAAACUCAUAUCUUUUUUUCUUCCAAAUCACUUCCAAACAAUUGGUUAUGGAAGAACUAAUAGACAGUAAGAUGGUCAUAACAGUGCUCAAUCAGCAUCAGCAAUGUGUCACUCAGACUGAGGAGUUCAAAGAAAUAAAAGAUGUUAAAUAGAGAAUGUACAGGCUUUUUAUUGCUGGUCUUUAUUUGCAUGGCUUACCAAACAGCAAAGGUUUUAGG